GUGAAACGUCGAGCGUACUGCACGUACGCUCUCGGAUGGUAAAGUUUUAUUCGUGUUAAGUGAGUUCAGUGAUACCGACGUAUUCGGUGCUUACACAUGGUUCGUUCCGGCCACGGGAUGGAGACCACUUUCUAUGACGAGCAGUACCCCCUCAGCGGACCCGUUGAAAAUCUUAAGAGAUCACUCACGCUGGAUCUGGAUUUCGGACGAGGCAAGCGGUUGAGGAAUGGGGCACCCGUGCUAUCCUCUCCCGACUUGCAGCUCUUGAAACUGGGAUCGCCAGAGCUGGAGAAGCUGAUCAUGCAGAAUGGCAUGAUCACGACGGCCACGCCAACCCCGGGCGGGCCUGUACUGUUUCCCCCCGCGGCCCCCACCGAAGAGCAGGAGAUGUAUGCGCGGCCAUUCGUCGAAGCGCUCGACAAGCUGCACCACAGCGAACCAGCGCCCAACGCGAGGAUUAUUUAUGCCGAUCUAGAUCGCCCUCUAGACCGGUAUCCCACGCCCGUCGUUAAAGACGAGCCCCAGACGGUGCCCAGCGCUGCCAACUCGCCCCCUCUCUCCCCCAUAGAUAUGGACACCCAGGAGAGAAUAAAGCUAGAACGCAAGAGACAGAGGAACCGAGUCGCCGCGUCAAAAUGUAGACGACGAAAACUAGAACGCAUUUCAAAGCUGGAAGAAAAAGUGAAAUUACUGAAGGGGGAAAACGUGGAGCUAGCGCAGAUGGUAGUAAAGCUGAAGGACCACGUCUCGAGGCUGAAGCAGCAGGUGCUGGAGCAUGCCAACGGCGGCUGCCACAUCGACACGCACUUCUGAGCGCGCCCAGCCGCCCUCCCCCACAUUCCAUGCUAGUCGCGCCCGCUCGGACGCAGCAUACAAAGCGAUUUGUGAUCUUAAUUUAAUCGUGUAUUAUAUAGUUAACUCUAGUGUAAGGUGAUUUAAGGUGUUGUGCAGAACCUCCGCUUGUUGAAAGGAUGUACUUAGCGAGUCACAACUUUAGUUUCUUUUGUAAGUCGCUGUUUAAUUUUCCUUGUAUCAGUAUUGCGUUGUCUCAUUUAGAAUAGUGUAGAAACUAGAAAGGAUAAUCAUGCUACGUCAUUCGACUGCGAACUGAACGAGACUGGUGCGACGUUGCCGUUUCUACGUUCUGUUUUCCGUUUCUGUGGUUUUGAGGAUACAAAUAGCGAUUUUGGGAUUCCCAUUGUUCAGUUGCGUAGCGAGUGACCUGACUGAAAGAUUAAUAUUUUGUCCGCACGCUUUGCAUAAUAAGCAGAUGCACAAAUUAACAAACAGAGAGGGGCUAUUUGACAGAGCCGAAAUGUCGUAGGUACGACAGAGACGAAUAUAUGGUGGAGUCGGCAACGGCGUAUGAUAAAGUCACGAGCGGAUGUUCUGCUAAUUAAAAUUCCGCCUGCGCCGCCCUCGCGGAAUGGCGGCCAUGUGUUCGGCAAUCGGACGUUCCGAAUCACGUUUUGUUGCACAAGGUUAACUUUUUCAUCGGCAGAUAGCGCUUCAGCGACUGAUGAAACAGUUGAUAUGCUCGAUAAUUACACAAAAGCUCGUGUGAAAGACUGAUCGUAUGUGAGAUCGUGCGAGUUGAGUUGUGAGAUGUAGGAGUUGAACUGACCCGGUGCUCUUUAGAGGUCUUAAUGAGGCCGUCCGAUUAUGUGUGACGUAUGAAUGUUGAAUGCUAGAUGAAGCAGAUGGUUGUUUUGCGUGGAAGAGCGAUGUAUUUAUUAGUGAGAAUGAAUAAUAUUAGUAUCAAGUAGCAAUCUCGAGUGCCUACGCUUUUAAACGGAAGCCUUUAAUUAUACGUUUUUAUUGUUUUUGUUACCAUUAAAUGAGCUACAGUAAAAAUUAUCUGUACCAUUGUCUUCUAUAGGUUACUAUAAGUAAAUAUACCAACUAACAGUUGAUUGUUAUUAUAUAUUAUAUCGGGGUGCCAGCCGGUCCAUGUUGUUUAAUAUAUGUAUUUGUGAGAACCACGAUAGUCCCCGGCGGGCUAGCCCUUUUGUAUUAUUUUUAUACAGAAAGAUUUCAGAAUGUUAACAAUAAUUUGUAAGUUUAUAAAUAAAAGAACAGUUAUAACUUAAAUAAUAUAUUUCUAUGAGUGUAACAAAUUAAGUAUAUUGUUUUAUACUGAAUACAUAUUGUAUGACGAUGAAGAAUGGAGAAGAAUAAAUUAUGAAGAUUAUUAUACCAUUUAA